GGCCCUGCUGUAGCUCGACAUGGCCGAAGAAGGCCGCGUUUCUGAGGGCAGCGCCGCCGCCGCCGCCGCCGCCCGGCCUAGAGGCGGAAAGAGAAGGGCGGCCUUAGCCUCAGCAGCGGCCUGGGCUGGUGGCGGGAAGCGGAAAAGGCGCCUCGGCCGAGGGAGGAGCCUGCUGCUGCAGCGCGGAGCUUUCGAAAGAAGACGGGAGGCGGCGAUUCCAGAGGGGCGCCGCGCCGGGCCCGGCUAUGGACCGCUACCUUCUCUUCUUGAGCUGGCGAGGCGAGGGGGGACCCGAGAGCCCCUCAGGUUUGACAACUGCCAGUAUUUAUAACUUACUGGAAAUAAACUGCAAUGGCUCUGUAAAUGCAGAAGUUGAAGAAUUCCCUGCCUGUUCACUUGCUGGCAUUCCAGGUGUGAGGGAAUGGUAUUUUGCAGUUCAGUCAAUAUGUGGAUUCUAUCAGUUCUGUAGUUCUGACUGGGAAGAGAUCAGCUUUGACGUACUGGCAGAUCAAAGCAAUGACUCUGUUCAAAGACAUAUUGAAGAAUGUCUUGGUGGUGAUCAAAAUAUUGAGAAGGAAGACAGUAAUAGCAGGGAACCCAUGUCAGCGAUUGAUCUCUAUGAAGAAUCUGCUGAGAAUAUUCAUCAGUUAGCAGACAAGCUUCCUGCUCCCGGAAGAGCAAUGGUUGAUGUAAUAUUGCAGUCUUCGGAAGGAGAUGCUCCAAGGUUAAAUGAUUGCUUACCCGUUAUUGGUGCCUUGAAACAUCUGAGAGAAUGGCACACUGCAAAAAUCACUAUUUUUGCGAAGGAAGGCAAAACUUGGCAAAAAAUUGCUGAUUAUCUGUCUGCGAAUAUUGUGGCUCCUGAAAACCUAAAAAAUAGCAUUGAUCCAAGGGAACUGUGGAGAGGAAGUAUUCAGAUAUGGGAGCAAAAGUUUGGCUCUGGAAUUACCUUUCCAGAUUUCUGUAUAAGAAGUACUACAGCAAGAAGGCUAUUCAGUACUUCGUAUUUUGACAAGACUAAACGGGUGAAGAGUACGAACGCUCGCUUGCCAAAGGUUUUCCAUUAUUAUAGUCCUGCGCUGAAAUUCGUACAAAUGGUACGGCUGUCUGAUCUGCCUUCACCUUUGGUGUCAGACCUUCACUUUGACCUGAGCUUGGCAAGGACUAAUGUCAAAGACAAGUCUAUGCUCUUUUGGAGUCAGAUGUCUUCCCUGCAUGGAAAGGUUGGAGCCCUGUUUGCAUUGCCUUGCAGUGUGAGUGGAAUGUUGAUACCCUUGCCUAUCCAACUAAGUACAAAAAAAUGGAAGGAAUAUAUGGCCCAGAAACCUAAAGUCAUCAGUGUUCCAGAAGUUGAACUAAAAGGAGAGACUUGCAACAAUUAUUUCUUAGUACAGGGUGACGGCUGUGGAGGCUGUAAAGCAACAUUGAUCUUUUCAGCCAAUCAGAUAAAUGGCUCAGUCAUUCUUGCUGAAACAAUUGGAAAACGGACAAUGAAGACCAAGGAAGCUGAAGAAAAUAUGGCUGAAGAGAUUAUUAGAUCUCUUCCAGUCAUCAGUGGAGAACAGAUCAUACAGAGGGAGAAGAAACUGGCUUGUAUCCAGGCGUUAGCUUUGAAUCAAUGCCUAAAGAGGCAGCAAACAGCCAAACCAUCCAUGAUUGUUUCAGCUGAGGAACUGAAAUGUGUGUUAACACAUACCAGGGAAUGUUUUUUAGAGUUGUGGAAUGCUAGCCUUCCCAAGAGUGAUUGUCCAAUAACAGCUGUCCAAACCAGAGGUCAUGGGACAGUUUGUGAAUCAGAGCUAAAAUGUUUAAAUCCUUUGGAGUGGCCAGAAAGAAAUGUCCUCCAGAACUUAGAAAUCUUUGAAAAAAUUAAGCAAAAACCAAGAGUUUCUGAGCAGCUGUUGGGGCGUAAAGAUAGCCAAAAGGAGUCAACAACAUUACUUGAUGCUAAAGAGCUGUUGAAAUUUUUCACUCCAGAAGGGCAGCCUGUUGGGAAUCUUCAGCCUUUGCAUGUUCAGAAAAGUGAAAAUGCUUUUCUUCUAACACCAGAGCUUACACCUCGAAAAGUGAGAAGUUUGCCUUUUGAAAAAGCUGCUGGGUGCCAUUAUCAUGGCCUUGAAUACUGUCUGGAUGACAGAAGAGCUUUGGAAAGAGAUGUGGGAUUUGCUGAACUUCAAACUCGCCUGAUCCGUUAUGAAACUCAGACUACUUGCACCAAGGAGUGCUGCCCUGUGCCGUGUGUCCUGAGCCCUCUUCCAUCUCCUGCUGUGUUGUCAGAGUCAGGAAGCAUCCCGGAUGGGGAAUCUUUACGGAGGGACCACCAUACAGAUGUUUCCAAGCUAAAACGCAGAUCAAAAGACCAAGACAGCUUCUGUUCCAAAAAGAGGUUAACAAAAUCCGAAAGCACAGAUUCUCUCUUGUCUCAGGCAAGCGGAAGCAGUGGUGCUUGCCGAUCAAGAAGUGCCACAAGGCAGCACUCAGACAGAUCAACCUCUCUUCCGUCUGCGGCUGCCAAACAGUCUUGUCAUAGGGCACAGAAAGAAACCGCAAAGAGCAGCUCUGCAAGCCAGAGGUGUAUGAAAGAGCCAGGAACAUCAAAGCCAACAAAGGAGUCGCGGUCUCAGAAACACACACGGAUGCUGAAGGAAGUGGUGAGUAAAACCCUUCAGGCACAUGGCAUUGCUGAAGACCACAAGUGCUUUACUACCUGCAGCCAACGUCUCUUUGAGAUAUCCAAGUUUUAUUUAAAGGAUCUGAAAACAUCUCGGGGUCUCUUGGAUGAAAUGACUAAAGCUGCAAACAGCAAUGUUAAACAGGUGAUUGAAUGGGUUUUAGAAAAGACCACCAGGAAGUGACACACAACGGAGACUUUGAUGUUCUGCAGACAAGCAGGGUUAAUUAAAUGGAUACAUCGCGUGGUGUGCCUUGUUGCAUAGUCCACAUGCCUAAAACAAACAGCGUGUUGUAUGCGAAGACCUGCCAUGUAAAGAAUUACACUGAAGUGAGCUACUUCAUAUUUGUUUUGCAACCCUCUUGGCUUUUUUGUGUAUGGUUUGUACAGGUCUUUAUUUAGAAUAGUAAAAGCCAAGUUUUGUAACAGAUGACGGCUUUAUCUUUCUUCCCCUCCUGUCUGUAGAAUUUAAGAGGUGCUUAACUCUGUAAACACCUCUUUUGUUGUUAACAGGCUAGUUGUUAAAAAAAGGGAAAAUUUUACCAGUUAGUAGAAUCCUUCUACGUUUUGUUGGAAUAGCUGUCAAGGUUUGAUUUGCUUGCUGUAGAAUCUUAGUUGGAAGGUCAUUAAAGUGGAACAUACUUCUGAAACUCACGUUGGGCACGCCCACUGAUCUGCCCACAAAAUCCAGUCUGUAGAACCAAGAGUUGCAGCCAUAGGGCUUUAAACAAACAGUUCCAUUUGAGUUGGUGGCUUUUCCAGUUAGUCAUACAUCUGCCAUGUUUGUUUUUCACAGCCUUCUUUCUGAAUAGCCACUGACAGCACCCUAGCAGUACCUGCCUCAGGGCAUAAUAAAUGUUCUAGCUUCUGCUGAGAGGGACCACUCAUGUGGGGGGGGGAGGGUGGUUGCUCUGGUGGCAUUAACUGUUUUUCAGUACACCGGAACCUGAUAGAAUAGGAUCAUCUCCUCUUCUGCCAGUCAUGAGCCCACAAAGUGCCUCUGGGUGAGCUUUCUCAGCCUCAGAUGGUUUAGCCAGUGUAUCAUCCUGCCAAACAGUAAACACCUUUUUACCACACAACAAGUGCAAGUGUGCUGAAGUGGUCAUACUAGUCUGGUAAUUGUUGCAGCACCUACAAAAAGUAGAAAGAGGGUUCUGUUUGCAAGGGACCCAGAGGUGUACAACCAAUUUUUAGCAUAGUAAGCGCACAGUGGUGUAAUCUGAUGCAAUCCAGAUGUCUUCCUCCAAUACUAUGUUUCUGUGCUGGGGAUAUCGUAUUUUCUCAACUCUGACUGCACUCACUUUUGUAUUUUGGGAGGGAGAAAAGCCUUCCUUCUCCAGGAAGUCAUACAUAUUGUUCAUGCGGAUGUAUGAAUGUUACAUCAACAAAGCAUAUAUAAAACAAUAAGGAUUAACUGACCAACCAAGAAUCAUUUGCUACCAAAGUUACCAGUCAGUCCUUGGUUUCAUAAUUUUCAGCAAACCAACUCAUGUGGUCUCUGAAUCAAUGUGUCAGUUUCCACAUACAACAGACUACUAUGCGCUUUAAAAAAUAAUAUUCCUUCACAACUGUUCCAAUAAAUGAUAUUUUAUUAAAUAUAGUAUUUCCCUCUAAAAUAUAAAUAUUUUUAAACUAAACUCUUAUAAAUCUGGAGUAGCUCCAUAUUUUUCCAUUCUAUCAUACCCAACCAAAUAAGAGUCGGUCCAAAAUCUGCAUUUAAUUUGUCUAUAAAUAUAUAAUAAUUCCUCUUUACAAACUAGUUAUUCACUUAUUCUUCAUAUUAUAAUCUGAGCACCGUAAAUUACAUGACAUACUGUGUAAUUUAACUGUUGGUAAUUAACAGAUAAAUUCUGAUUAUUUACAAGGCAGAUAUAUUCUUAUCUAUAACAUUCCAGUGAUUUUU